AUGAAUGUUGAAAGUUGCCUUGAACAGGUAUUAGUAUGCAGGGAAUUGCUUGAGGCAAAAAAUAUUGCCAGAAAGACUUUAGAUGAAUGUAGUCAAGUGUAUUUAUUCAUAAGUAGCCCUGAAAGGAAAAUGUUAAAUACUGCAUCACUGAAAAUGAAAAAGUCAAAAACUGAAAACAAUUCUUCUCAGGACACCCAACAUCUUCCUCAUUUAACCAAACCCAGUCAAAAGUUUCCUGGGGACACACACAUCAGCAAAAUAGAACUGAGCCUCAAAGAGCAUAUUUUCUAUGAACUGAACAAGAAGACAAGAAAAGGAAAUGACUGGAGACUUCUGGCUGAACGUGUGGGAAUAGAAAAAACCACAAUAGACACAUGGCAGGCAAAUAAACUGGAAAACCCUAUGGCUAAUGUAUGGUUAGUGUGGGCCCAAAGUCCUGGGGCUACUAUGCGGAUGGUACACAGACACCUGAUUUCACCUCAAAUGAAGAAUUCGUUAUUGGCCAGAAACGUGUCAGAUUUUUAUCAGGUUAUUUGA